GGAAGCAACGCAGUCAUUUAAUUCUGAGGGCGAAGAAGACGCGCGGAAGAAAAUGCGCGGCCAUCAGACGUAAACAAGGACAGUUCAGACAUGUCGAUUGUUUUUGUCCCAAAGAAGCUCCGAGGGAAGGCAAAAAUCAACCAAGAAACGAUACAGAGGCUACUGGAUGAAAACGAUCAGCUGAUAAGAUGCAUUACCGAGUACAUGCAGAAAGGACGCGCUGUGGAAUGUGUGCAGUACCAACAGAUCCUGCACCGCAACAUUGUCUAUCUGGCGACCAUAGCUGACGCCAGUCCUGAUGACACUCCACCCAUCACAAGUUGUUCACCCAGCAAGGCGUCAACACCUGCUCUUAAUGGACACGAAGAGACUCGGUGACUGUGGGAGGACAGUUCUCACGUCAGAGGACUUUCAUAGUGAAAUAAAAUUUACUUUAUUCAUUCCAGCAUAUCUACAAUAAAUACCAUUUUAAGCCGUU